AUGGGCAGCACGUCCAAAAGGCCUAAUUUCCUCGUCAUCGUUGCCGAUGAUCUGGGUUUCAGCGAUGUCUCUCCCUAUGGAGGAGAGAUUCAAACCCCGGUGCUUGAAAAGUUGGCGAACGAGGGAAUCCGGAUGACCAACUUCCACACUGCAUCUGCUUGCUCUCCGACUAGAUCUAUGCUGUUUUCCGGGACAGACAACCAUAUUGCUGGACUCGGGCAAAUGGCAGAAUUCAUGAGGUCGUUUGGCGACUACUUCAAAGACAAGCCGGGCUAUGAGGGAUAUCUGAACUGGCGUGUGGCAGCAUUGUCGGAGAUCUUGCAGGACUCUGGAUAUCACACGAUCAUGUCUGGAAAAUGGCACCUAGGAAUGACGAAAGAACUUUCACCUUACUCCAGAGGGUUCGACAAGAAUUUCUCCCUGCUCCCAGGGGCUAGCAAUCAUUACAACUAUGAGCCUCAACUAGACGACGGUGAAUUCCAAGCUCCAUGUUUGAAUACAAAUGGCUUUUGGAUGGAAGGCAGCGAGCAUCUGAACCGGUCGACUGAUCUUCCGACGGACUUUUAUUCGACUCGGACAUUCACCGACAAAAUGAUAGGGUUCCUCAAAGACCGCACAGCGGAAGAGUCGCAAAAGCCAUUCUUUGCUUAUUUGCCAUAUACGGCACCACACUGGCCUCUCCAAGCGCCCCGGGAAAUCAUUGAGAAAUACGCGGGGAUGUAUGAUGAUGGCCCUGAUGCCUUGACCCAGAAGCGACUUCGCCGUCUCAAGGACUUGGGUUUGGUAGGCGAGGAUGUUGAGCAUUCACCCCCCGUGGGAGUUCUUGACAAAGACUGGAAAGAGAUGUCGACUGAAGAAAAGAAAUUAUCGGCGCGUAAAAUGGAGGUCUUUGCGGCCAUGGUUGAGCUGCUCGAUGCCAAUAUUGGCCGAGUUAUCGACCAUCUCGAGUCAACGGGAGAGUUGGAAAACACCUUUGUCCUGUUCAUGUCGGACAAUGGGGCUGAAGGUGCGGCUUUGGAAGCUCUUCCACUCAUGGGCGGCGCACGAAUGAUGGGUGACAUCAUCACCAAAUACUACAAAAACACACUGGAAAACAUUGGCGAUCCAAACUCAUUUGUUUGGUAUGGUGCUCGCUGGGCUUGUGCCGCAACCGCCCCCUCCAGAGGCUUCAAGGGCUGGGUUACUGAAGGUGGCAUUCGUUGCCCCUGCGUGAUUCGAUAUCCGGCCUUUCAGGCCAAGCCUGGAGCCAUCACUACCUCUUUCACAACGGUGAUGGACAUCCUUCCCACAAUUCUAGAUUUGGCAGGAGUUGCCCAUCCAGGAACACACUUCCGGGGACGUGAAGUUGUUGUCCCGAGAGGCCAGUCCUGGGUCUCACACCUAGCUUCCGGUGAUUUGGAGAAGACAAGUGUUCACGAGGAGGAUGUGCACAUCCAUGGGUGGGAACUCUUCGGUCAGCGGGCGAUUCGUGAGGGGAAAUGGAAGGCUGUCUGGAUUGCGAAGCCCCGUGGCAACGAUGAAUGGGAGCUUUUUGAUGUUGAGUCGGACCCUUCCGAGUUAAACGACGUUUCAAAAAGCAGAUUAGACGUUCUUGACCGACUGAUCCAACAUUGGGAACAGUACUACGCGGAGACUGGGAUGGUGCAGACACCGGCUUUCCGCUCGGUGAAGAAGACGUGA